GUGAUUUCUGGCGUAUGGAAAUGAGUCGCUACAUCUAGGCGUUGAGAGCGAUUGAUACUCUGCUUCAAGAAGCUACCGGGCUACCUGUGUCGACUGAGCAAAGCACGAAUAUACCAUGGACGGCAGAGGCUACGGUUCUGGUUACUCCAGUUGGGGAGGUGGCGGGUCAGGCAGCAGAGGUUCUGGGAGCUUUGACCUGUAUGGGGGAGGUUAUAAGGACUCCAUGUCGGGGCUCGGGGGUUAUGGAGGAGGAGGAGGCAGCCAUAUGAAGAGAGGGCUCUCGGGAGCAUCCCUGCUCUCAUCCACAGGCACACACGCAGAUGCAGUCAUUGCCAAGAUCAACCAGCGCUUGGACAUGCUCACUCAGUUGGAGGGGGGUAUGAAAGGGUCUCGAGACAGGUUUGACCAGUACGAGUCUUUCGACUCGCGUUCCUCCGCUCUCACCUCCUCCCGAGAUCUCUACAGAUCUGGCGGCAGUAGCUAUGGUUAUGGCGAUGGCCGUGGGGACAACAUGCUGUUGGGUCAGCGAGGAGGCUCGGGCUUCGGAGGGGGAAUUGGGCUAGGGGGAGGAGGAGGCUUCGACAGCCCUUCCUCUUCCUAUGGAGUCGCUAAAAUGCGACAGAAUAUGAGGGAGUCCUUCACCAGUGGCCAGGGAGGAGGUUCUGGAGGUGGAGGAUGGGCCGGAGCAGGCCGACGUUCCCCCAGAAGGGGUGGAAGUGCUGGGGGUCGAGGAGCUGGAGGAGGGUUUGGAAGCCGCAGGUCAGACCCCACUCCAUUAGGAGGAGGUGGGCGGGGAAGCGGUAGUGCUGGCCAGACCCACCGUGGCCACUCUCCAGGAGGUGGUAGAGGCAAGCUCCCAUCCCUCCUGUCCAACCGCAUGUACCCUGAGAGUGGGGGUUUCCAUCAGGGUUCCAAUCAAGGGCCUCACGACUUUCCUGGGAGGCAUUUUGGAGGGGGCCCACGGGCUGGCCGCCAGCGAGGCCGCAAGAGACCCCUCAACAAACAGGUGAAGCCACAGCGUGAUGUCCAGAAGAAGAGAAAGCAGACACUUAGUGGAACUGAUGAGCCUGAGUCCAAGAUUAACAGGACUGAGAGUACAGGAUCAGAAGCUACCCAAGAGCAAACAGAGAAAAACGGUGAUGACAGUGAACCAAAGACUGAAGCUGUGGAGACAAAACCUACUGCUGAUGGAGAUAAUGCUGCAUCAAAACAGGAGGAUAGUUCCCAGUUGAAGAAAAAGCCACAGGGAAAACAGAUCCCAGCCCAAGGUCAGGACAAGCCCCCAAAAAUGAGGAAGAGGAGGGGCUUCCUGGAAAGGGUGAUGUUUGCAUGCUCUGUUUGCAAGUUCCGUUCGUUCUACAAGGAGGAAAUGGAAACUCAUCUUGAGAGUCGUUUCCAUAAGGACCACUUUAAGUUCCUUUCCAGCCAGCUGUCCAAACCCACUACAGACUUCCUACAGGAGUACUUGCAAAACAAGUUUAAGAAAACAGAGCAGAGGGUUAGCCAGUUGGAAAACCACAGCGCUUCCAUCUGCCAGAUGUACAAAGAGCAAGACCUCACCAGGGAUCUUGGUAUGGAACAUUUCAUGAGGAAGGUGGAAGCCGCCCACUGCGCAGCGUGUGACCUUUUCAUUCCAAUGCAGCCCCACCUGAUACAGAAACACAUCAAGUCACCUGACCACAACUACAACCGUAAGGGUAUGAUGGAGCAGUCCAAGAGGGCCUGUCUGUCAGUUGCUCGCAGCAUCCUUAACCACAAAAUCAUUGGCAAGAAGCUGGAGAGUUACCUCAAGGGAGAAAACCCAUUCAUUGGUAACCAGGACGACCAGGAUCCAGAGGACUCCAUGGUGAUGGACGUGUCUGAGUUGGAGUUAACCAGUGAGACAGCAGACAACCAGACGGAGGUGGCAGCAGUUAAAGACGAGCAGGUGUCUGAGGGAGAGAAGGACCAACCGGCGGUCGAGGGUGAAGAGGCAGAAGCAGCAGCAGCAGCAACAGUAGUAGCAGCAGCAGAAGCAGCGGAGGAGGAGGAGGAGGAGGAAAAAAUGGAGGAGGGGCUUGAAAUGGAGGGAGAUGAGGAGCUGGAGAACCAGGAAGAGGAGGAAGGUUUCGAAGUCGGAGAAGACGAGGAGGAGGAGGGAUAUGUUGUACACGAUGAGAUUGGCGACGAGGGAUUACAAGUCGAGCAGGAAGCGGAUGAAGAGGAAAGAGUGGAGGCAGCAGAGGUUGAGGAGGAAGAAAAGAAUGAUGAAUGACUUUUGCACCCUGUGUGACUUGUUGAUCUUAAAAUAAGUCUGGACCAGUCAUUGACUCCCACAGUCCCAUUCAUCCCAAUUUUAUUGCCAGGCACAUUAAUGAAAACUACAUAUUUUGCUCCUGAAAUUUGUCACUGUCUAUUGAGUCUGAACUUAAAUAGUUAUAUUUUUUUGUUAAAGAAAUAGUUUGAUAUUUUGGGAAAUACUUUUAUUGGCUUUCUUGCAGAGAGUUUGAUGAGAAGAUUCUUUUUAUGUAUGCCUACCAUCUCUCUUAAGAGGAGUUGCUAAGCGUAUGUUGGGGCUUUGGAGAGAGCCAGGCUGGUAACCGGACGCACCAGAUGGCUUGUUACACUUAACCAUCUGAGAAGUCGUCCUUGGAAACUGUUCGGAAAAAGGGCAGGCACUUUCAAAAAAAAUACUUGGCAGGUGAU